ACCAGUUUCUAAACCAACCGUUCAACCAAAGCCAGCUUCCGUUGGCUCACCAAUUGUUGUCAACAAUAAGAACCCUGCUAAAUCUUUCCCAAAAGAAGGUGAUAAAGAUUUUGUAGGUCCUGUUCUUCCAAAGAAACAAUCAUCAUCUGCCUCAGCUGCCCUUAAACCAGUAGCACAACCAACUGUUGAAAAGAAAUCUGUUGCCAAGACUGAAGCAGCUGAAAAGAAGGCAGAUGCCACACCAAAAGAAAUUGCUAAACCAACAAAGAAGCCAGUUGAUACCAAGCCAGCUAAACCUGUUGUCGAUACCAAGAAGUCUGAUGCCAAGAAGUCAACUGAUAAAUCUGGUCUGCCAAAGACUGGUGCCAAGAAAACUACUGAUAAGAAGACUGAUGCAAAGACAGUAAAGUCUGCUCCUGAAAAGAAGACUCCAGCUAUGACAACCAAGUCUGUUCAAAAUAAGACUAAUGCCAAGAAGUCAACUGAUAAAACUGGUAAGCCAAAGACUGAUACCAAGAAGACUGCCAAGAAAACCACUGAUAAGUCUGGUGUAAAGACUAAUGCCAAGAAGACUGGUUUGAAGGGAAAGACAACAAAGAAAGAUGUCACCAAGUCAACUAAAAAGUCUGACAAGAAGCCAUCUGCCAAGAAGGAUAAGUCUGCCAAGAAAUCAUCUGAAAAGAAAACUGGUAAAAAAUCAAAGAAAUCAACUGAAAAGAAAACCGGUAAAAAAUCAAAGACUGACAAGAAGACUGGUGCAAAGAAGACUGAUAAGAAGGGAAAGAAGGAUAAAAAGCCAACUAAGAAGACUAAUAAGAAAAAUAAGUUAAGUGCAUUGACUAGAGCUAGAGGCCACGUCUUUAAGAAAAAGAAGAAGACUAUGACAACUGAAACACCAUCCCAAUCAUCCGAAUCUCCAAUUCUUGAACAUAUUCCAAUGGAAUCAGAUGGUUUGUCUAGAAGACAAAGAUAUGAACGUUCACUUAAAGAAAAAUCAAAGAAUUCCGAAAACAAUGAAGAGAAUGUCCAAAAGGAAUCCAAAGUUAUUGCAACUCCUAGUUCUGAAGACAUUAGCUCACCAA